AUGAAGCUUCCUUCUGGAUUUCAAUACUUCAACACCAGACUCGCAACAGCAUGCUCUCUCAUUGCAAUUUCUUCCUUGAACUAUGGCUUUGACAACCAAGGCUUCUCCACUACGGAAGCCAUGGAUGCGUUUGACCGGCGCUUCGGCGAGCUUGAUGCAGCAACAGAGACUUACGCAUCGGAUCCCUCCUGGCUAUCAAUGUUCAAUAGCCUGAACUACAUUGGGUUUGCAGUUGGCGUGUUCAUCGGCAGUGUUAUCUCUUCGCGAUUCGGUCGUCGAUGGUGCAUGUUUUGCAUGAGUGGAUAUGCUCUCAUCACUGCGACGAUAACAGUAACUUCCCAGAAUCGGGACCAAAUAUUAGCUGCGCGUAUACUAAAUUAUGUCUAUGUGGGAAUGGAGCUAGCUGUCGUGCCAACCUUUCAAUCAGAGAUAGUUCCUGCGCCUGUCCGCGGCCUGGUUGUUGGAACCUAUCAGUUUAGCAUUAUUCUGGGUGGCCUUAUUAUCAACUCCAUUUGCAAAGGAACAAGUGGAAUCCAGAGUGACCGUGCAUGGAGGAUCCCGUUGGGCCUUUACUACAUCGUUCCGUCUAUUAUUCUCUGCUCGCGUGGACGGACGGAUGAGGCCAAGCGAAGUCUUUAUCUCCUGCGUGAUGGUUGUUUCAGUAGAGAGAAGAUCGAGGCGGAAUUCCACGAAUUACAGGCAGUGUUAGAGCUCGAGGCAAGGUCUGGCCUAUGGGCAGACCUGGUGAAGGGAGCCGAUCUCCAACGUACUGCACUUGUGGUUAUGGUGAAUUUCUUUCAGCAGGCGACUGGGCAGGCCUUUGCAUCACAGUAUGGGACGGUUUAUAUCAAGCAGCUCGGGACCGUGAAUCCGUUUACCAUAGGUGUGGUCCUUGCGGUGAUCAACCUCGUGUCUAUGUUGGUUACGCUGGCGUGUACUGAUAAAGUUGGUCGCCGGCCGAUGCUUCUGAUUAGUUCGGCUGUGAUGGCAGUCGGAAUGCUAACCAUGGGGGGUUUGGUUACAGUGACACCCCUCACGGUUCCUAUGAAGAAAGGGAUCGUGGCCAUGUAUGUCUUCCUGGCAGUUGGGUUCUCUCUUGGAUGGGGUCCCCAGGCGUACAUCAUGGCCACUGAGCUCCCUGCUUUGCGGUUGAGAGACAAGACCCUGCAACUGGGAUUCAUAGUGAACGUGAUUUCAAACUUCGUGGUCAACUUCACGAUUCCCUAUCUUGUGGACGCGGAAUAUGCUAAUCUGGAAUCGAAGGUCGGGUUUAUAUUCGGGUUCCUAUGUGUUUGCGCUUUCGUCACCACAUAUUUCUUUGUCCCUGAAUAUCGGGGUAAGACACUGGAGGAGAUUGAUGUGAUAUUUAAUUCCGGGGUGAAGCUUGGCAAAUUCGGGUCCACCGACGCGUCCUUGUUGUUGGCACGACCACAGAGCAGCAAGAACGCAAAGACGGAAACCGAGGUGUCAGUAGAAAAGCAGAGUGAUUUUGCGGCUGUUUGA